GCGACUCACGAGAGGGAAACGGCGGUUUGACGCGCGCGUGUGUGUGUGAGCGCAGAGGGAGCGGACGGCGCCGAGCCGGUUCUCUGAGCGCUGUUUCGCGGUCCAAAGACUUUAACAAUGAGCGCAGUUUGCCGGUUUUCCACAUUGGAGGCACUUUUCCUGGAAGUGCUGUGAUCUGAUUGUUACUGUGCAGAUUUUAUUUUCGUGUUUUGUUGUUUUUUUCCUGGCCGGUGUCCCGGUCCAGCUGUCGUGAUGUCGGAGGUAGAUCUGCCCGCAGACUGCGACCCCGGCCGCACACAGGAGCCGCUGAUCGAGAGCCCGGACAACAGGACUUUACUCAUGGUGGCUAUGAUUUUACUGGACUUGAACAAAUGCAGACCCGACGUGAGCCUGGGAACCAACGGGGCCGUCACGCAGGACAGGCUGGAGCGUGGGAGCUGCCGGUCGGACGGCGAGGACCGGCGAGGCUCGGCGGGACCCAAACCGUCACGGAUCGCACGCCAUGAGAGACUGGGGUCUCCCGAGAAGAGACACGGCUGCCCGUACGGCGGCUGCGGGAAGGUGUACGGCAAGUCUUCCCACCUCAAAGCCCACCUCAGAGUCCACACCGGUGAGCGCCCUUUCCAGUGUACAUGGCCAGAAUGCGGCAAGAAGUUCUCCCGAUCAGAUGAGCUGACUCGUCAUUACCGCACACACACGGGCGAGAAACGUUUCAACUGUCCGCUGUGCGACAAGUGCUUCAUGAGGAGUGACCACCUGACAAAACAUGCCAGGCGACACGCAGGCUUCCAUCCCAGCAUGCUGCAGGCUUCGGGUGCGGACAAGAGACGGCGUUUCUCUGUGUCUGUGUCGUCAUCGUCGUCUUCUUCUGGAGAGUUAAGCCCCGCAGGGCUGUGAGACACGCCCGUCUACUAUACAUAUAUACACAUACACACAAAGUACACAUGGUGUGCCUACAAUGUGUACUUUAACACAACGUGCUGAUGGCUUGCCCAGCCAGCACGCCAUUAUUGAUCUAUGCACCGAACAUCAUGUGACUGUUGCACACUCACAACACGGCUUCCCCCCUCGGGUUUCCUGUUUAUUCAGGCAGAUUCAGGGUCUUUCAUUCUCUUCUAGAUGCCUUCCCAUUUGUAAUCAAAUGCUUUUUUUCUGUUCCGUGUGCAUGUACAGCAUGUUUGUACAAAGACUUCGAUAAUCACAUUGACUUCUUGUGCAGGUGAAAAUGAGUGAAAAAAUGAGCGAGCAGUGACUGCAGACCUUCUGAUCAGUUGCCUGUUUUUUUUUUUUUGUUUGUUUUUUAAAUGCUUGUUUAAUGAUUGUUUAAUAUUUGUUUUAAUCUCACCAAAUUUAAACUGGAUAUCUUAAAUACAUUUGUCUUGGAUAAGUUCUAACAUGAUCAUGAUCAGACUGUAGCAAGGGCCUAUAAGUGUAUCCAGCUUUCUUGAAAUAUGCCAGAACUGCCUAACCACGUUAGGCCCAGUAAGAUAGUUAUAUAUAAUAAUUAUUAUUAUUUUUGUUUGUAUGAGGCUAACCUAUUCUUUGUUCUUAAAUAUGAGUAAGACUUAUCUAUGGUUUAACCCACAACUUUGGAUGAUAAGAUCCCCCUUGAGGGGAGAUUAAAUCAUCUUCAAUUGUCCACAGGUCCUAAGGAUUCUAUCCUUUUGAGAUUCCCACCAUGAUAACUUUUUCUUUUUUUAUGAAGGAAAGUGUGGUCGCUGCAUAUGUAAAAUACCAGCAUGAUCACACGUUGGUUAGCCGAGGGGUCCUAAAUUGGUAAAAGUCACAUUGAAAAUGGCAAAAUAUUUAAACUUGUCAAAAAGUGAUCUAUGUUAAGACCCCUAACCCAAACUUAGGUAUACAAUAUAAGUAUGCCUAGGUUAAGAGUAAUAUGGAGAUUGAUCCUUCAUUUGGACCAGACACAAUUAUCAAUUAUAUUAACAGAAGCUCAGUUAGUACGGGACCUACGAAAGGGUAGUAUUUCUAGAUCUAGCAUAGAGUAGGCCUAUCAUUGGAGAUAAAUGUUCAAAAUGUCUCUUCAAUGGUAAAGAAAUUGAGGAAGAAGAAGGAAAAGCAAAACUAAUUUUACAUCCAAAUUUGGACUGGGACAAAAUCUGACACACUAACUUGUGUAAAAUUUUACUUCUACUGCAGCAAUAGUUUUUCAAAGACAGCAUGAAGGCCCUGAUAAUAUGUAAUGAUAUGAAUGUAGCUCCACAAUCUGAGCUGAGGUGAACACAGUUAUUAGAGCCAGGUGUAUAAGUAUUUGGACAGUCCCACAGUCUAAUUUUGCCUCUGUACACAAAAUGUCACGUUGACAAUUAAAGAAUUUGAGCCAUUUUUCUAAACAGUACCUCCACUUUCAUGAGGCCAUAAGCAACUGGAUAGAAUAAAUAUAAGUAUCAUUAUUAGUUAAAAAAGAAAAACACUUUUACAGCCAAUUUUUUUAUUGACAGGUCAAAGAAUGGAUACAUCAACAUUUCCAAGUCACUGAAUAUGUCUUGGGCUUUCCAUUAUAUUCCCUUCAUGAUGAAGAAAUGCAAACGGUGUGAUAGUAUUUGGUAAAUCUGCCUGUUAUAGGCAGUUUUCCAAAAUUGAAUGGAGACUGGUGAGCGAAGCCAACAACGCGGCAUGACAACUCUGAAAGAUUUAUAAUCUUCUCUGGGUGUGACUGAAGAUACUGGGCAUCGUGCAAGUUUUGUCUGUUGCGUUAUACAAUUUCAUAGUGGAGUGGAACAAAGAAGGAUUUUAAUUCAAGAAAAAUGAUCAAGUCAAGGCUUGAGCUGUGAGCUAUGUGCUCUCUGGUGAACUGUACUCGCAAAUUCUCAUUUUAUUUAAAAAAAAAUGUCAAUUACAAAAGAUGUGUCACAGCCCAACUGCAUAUUUAUCUGACUGUAGUUUACCGCUAAACAGGAGCUAAAAUUUGUCAACUGGUGGGUUCACAUACUACAAUACAACAUUGGUCCAUGCAAAUGUUUACACCCUAGAAUGGUCAGUGGCACGGUGGCUUAAUCAUUGGUAUCAUUAGCCGAGCCAGUAUAUUCGCUACAUUAGCUGCACUUAUUUCAGGCCUCAAAACAUUUAAAAAAAAAAAACAAACAGGUCAGCUGCAUUUGAAAGGUGGCAUUUCCCCAAGCCGUUUUCUUGAAAACUUUGGUCAUGACAGGAAAAUAAACCGGUGUUGCACAAUUUGGAUAAUUUAAACAAUAUAUUAUUAGCAAAGCAAGUCAACAAAGUCUUAAAAGGAAGGUCACGCUACCAUUUUAGCGAUGACAUUUCACACUGAAUUCCUGUGUAUCUUAGUGGAAUGUAGUUUGAUUCAGUGAGGCAAGCGGAACAUUUACUUGAGCAAUCAAGGUUUCACAGUUUAACUUUGAGACGUACAUAUACAGUCUGUGGCUGACACCUAUUAGCUGUAGUGACGCUGCAGUUUUUUGAUGCUAUGGCUGUAAACGUAGAAUACAGAAUAUAGAAUAUUUGCUAGCAAUGUUGCACAGUUUGAUAAAAUCCUGCCUUUCUAAAGUAUACACUGUUUCAGAAAAUAUACAGAUAUGGUUUUCAGUUAAUUAGAAGAGAAGACUCGGUAUUACAAAAACAUUCCAUUCUAGUACUUUUCUUAUUUGGGUAGCAACUAAGUUAAACAGUUAGCCUAGCCUAGCUCAGACAGCCAUAUAGCUUAAAAACAGGUUUCUUCAGGUGGUUUAUUAGAAAUACUGAAUUGUGUCAUCUGUGCAUGUUAUUUGCAGUUCAUUUAGACUUCUACGUAGGUUAUGCAUUUACUAAACAAUUUACAGUGUGAUGCUAGAUGGUCAUGUACAAUAAUUUACUCUGGCGAAACAGUGACUGCUGGCUUACACAAGAUUAACUAUAAAUUACUCAGUUUUCAGCCUGUCCUGUUCUGCUCGACUGCAAA